AUGGAUGUCACAGCCGACCGCGGCACGGGCUCCGAAGCGCGCGCCGAUCAGGCCGACAACUCCACGGCGCUGUAUACCCCCGAGAGCCACGGCGAUGCGGUGCGCGCCCUGGCGGUGCUGUCUGACGGAGGCGUCGCCGGGAAGCUGAUAGAGAGCCUCGUUUCGCGCCUGGCGACGACGUCAACUCCCGAACCUGCUCCUGCAGCUCCCGCCGCGGAGACUGCAGCUGUCGGUCUUACUGCGCUGGAUGCCUUUCUCCAGGCGAACGUCACAGGCCCAGUGCUGCCCGCCGAGGGCAUCGCGUCUCUCGAAAGCCGGUUCGCCAAAGCCUGGGAAUCCACAUCGAAGAACUCUCCCACCAAGGCGUCUUUAACGGCCCUCCAGCAGCUCCAGAGAGCAUGCCUGACGCACCUCGAAGUCGACGGCGUGGCUCCCUACGCCCACAUCCCACACCUCGAGCUUUUCGCGCUGGCAAGACAUGUAUUCGUCGAGGCGCUGGCCGGCGAGGACCAGCAAACUCUGGAGAUUACGUCGCCGUACUCGGACAAAUCGAGCAGAUACAGCCUAGGCUGGUUGAAGAUGCGCGUCAACGUCUGGCACUACAAGCUGCUCACGCAGCCUAGCCUCGGCCCUGGCUCCAACUUCGCCAAGAGCUCCCAGUGGAGCGACGUCCCGACGCUCGCCUCUGAAAUUCUCGACUCCAUGGACGCUUUACUCGCUCAGAUUACCGGCGAGGAGGUGUGGUCGACCGCCGAGUCGUGGGGCCGCGGAGACAAGGCACAGUUCCUCGUCGAGGCCGCCAACAACUACAUCCUCCUCGGCCGAUACGAAAAGGCAAAGGAGACGCUUCAGCAGGCGGCCCACGCCAGCGGCUUGACGUAUGCCCUAUCGGGAGCGCUCGGCAAGAGGACGAGGUUCCAGGAGAACAGCACAAGUCAGCUGGUCGUUCUUGCGCGCAGCCGCCGCGAGGGCGAGGAGACUACGGGGGAGGACGUCGAAGAGGAGGAUGUCAAGCCUGAAGCAUUGAAGCUCAACAAUGACACGCUCCUGGAGGAAAUUCACUUUACCAAAGAAAACAACGGCCACGAGGCCAAGCCCAAGGACCUUCCGGCUUCGCUGGCCGACCUCUCUCCCGAUGACCAGCCGCAGCUCUCGCCGCUCGACCAAAUCAUUCUUCUCACGGAGGCGACGCUCAAAGACGCCUUCUCCCCCGCUGACACGCUGACCUCGGAAGAGAUCCUCCCCUUCGCCGUCCGUGUACUGGCCGACAAGUCGACCAACUGGCAGAUUUACACGCAGGCGCUCCUCGUGCGGUCAAGGAUAGAAGUCCACAGGAGCAGGACGGUCGAGCGCGGUGUUCUGCAGCUACAAGCUGUCGCGGAUCAGGUCCUCACGGAUACAUCAGCGCCGCCGAAGCAGGUCGAGGAGCCGGCGAGCGAAAAUUCCGAGAACGCCGAAGUGCCGGGUAUUCAGGUCACGACGCCCGGACAAGAAGUUGCCCCCGUGAGCUCUCAGCAGCCGACAUCGUUCCUACCCGCCCCCAAGGCCGAAGAGUCCGCUCCCGCUCAUGUCCGUCUACGCUACAUCCACGCGUUGUGCACGCCUCCUCGCUGGCACCUCGAAUCCGAGCUGGCGUACGCGUGGGCCGGAGUUGGGUCCCUGGCGUCAGCUCUCGAAAUCUUCAAGCGGCUACGGCUGUGGGCUGAGGUAGCGCUAUGCCUGGCGAGUGCUGCCGCAGCUGAGGAUGAAGACGGCCGUGGGAGUGGCGGCGACGAAAAGGCCAGGGCCAUUAUACGAUGGCGCCUGUUCCACAAGACCGGGGAUGACGCUACGUGGUCGUCGGAUCCAGACGAUGAGGGCGUAGAAGACGUCACCCGCCUCAAAGCCAGCGACUACUCCGGCCCCGAGCGCACUCCUCCUCCGCCCAACGCGCCCCGUCUGUGGUGCAUCCUCGGCGACCUCGACGACGACCCGGCGCACUACGAGCGGGCGUGGGACAUCUCCAGGCAGCGCUACGCGCGCGCCCAAAAGUCGCUCGGCGAGCACUACCUGCGGCAGAAGGACUGGCAGGCGGCCCGCGCCGCGUACGGGCUCGCCACGUCGGUGAACCGGCUCAGCCCGGACAUGUGGAGCCGCCUCGGCGACAUCAACCUCCGGCUGGGCAAGUUUGAGGACGCCGCCGAGUCGUACAGCCGGUGCAUCGGCAGCGCGACGGACAUGUCGGGCGGAGAGGACGCCAAGACGUGGAGCAACCUGGGCAGUUCGCUCUGGAGCCUGUACUGCGAGGUGGUCGCCGCCGAACCCAAAGACUCCGACGACGACAACGACGCGAGGGACGAGGAGGAGGGCAGCGACGGCGAGGCGGUAGACGGCGACGGCGCGGGAGGCAGCAGCAACAAGCGCAAGAAGAGCCCCAGCAAGCUGCUCGCCCAGGCGCUCGCCGCGUACAAAAAGGGCGCGUCCAUCGCGCACGACAACUGGCGCAUCUGGGACAACGUCCUGACGCUCGCCUCGCGCAUCCGCCCGCCGCCCAUCCCGGACAUGGUCCUCGCCUACAAGCACAUCCUGCGCAUCCGCAAGUCCGAGGACGCCGUCGACGCCGACGUCCUCGCCGCCCUGCUGCAGGACGUGGUCCUCACCAAAGACGUCGACGCGCCCGGCAGCAGCACCGUCGAGGGCAUCUACGAACCCCCGCGCGGCUCCAUGGAGCGCCUCGUCGCCCGCCUCGUCGAGGAGGAGGUCGUCCCCAUCAUCACCCACCGCCCGGAGCUCUGGGCCCUGACGUCCCGCCUGCGCGCCUGGCGCCGCGACUACACAGGCGCGGUCGAGGCCUCGGAGCGGGCCUGGCGCGCCGCCGUCGGGUCUUCCGGCGCGGGCGGCGCGGGCCUCCUUCCCGGUGAGUCCCCCGCCGGCGGCCCGGACUGGACCAGCGACGAGGCCGCCUGGGCCGACGUCGUCAAGCGCACCGACGAGCUGGUCUCGGUGCUCGAGAACUACGGGCCCCGGGCCGAGACCGUGGGCAGCCGCUGGAAGGGCAAGGCGCGCAGCGCGGUGCGCAGCGUCAUGGGCCGCGGUAGGGAGACCUGGGAGGGCAGUGACGGGUGGAAGACGCUCGAGGGGCUCAUGGAGGGUCUCAAGGCCGGUGCUUGA